AUAUCCAACAAUCUAGCAUGAUGAACCAGUGUACUACUAAUUGAGAAUUAUCAAUUGAAUUACAUGCUCUUAGCAAAGAAAUAAUCCAAGAUGGCUGCUGCUGGUGUUACACUGCCGAAAUAUUGCUAUCGUGACCUUGCGCCUCCCCAGAUGCAAGAUGCCAUCAAGAAUAACAAUACCGUCAACAUUAAGCUGGUCAAAGUGGUGUCAGAAUUUGCCUCUAUGGUAUCACUGGCACAUGAACAAUUUGCGACUCAACUACAAAACAUAGCAGAUAACUUCAAAAAGAGAAAUCAGGAUUUGAAGAAAGAAAGACCCGUAGAAUACCUCAGUACAUUGUGGACAGCUUGGGAAACCCUGCUCCAGGAAACAGAAAUAGACGCUCAGGAACAUAAGGACACGUCAACCCUGUUAACAAAAAAGGUUGUCAACCCACUUGUUGAGAUUGCCACCUAUAAAAAGAGUCAGUGUAAGAAGUUGUAUAGCUUCCGGGAAAACUUCGAAACCAUUAUUCAAAAAAGUGAAAACGAAUUUAAAAGUGUAUAUGAAAACUACUUAACACAAUACGAAAAACAUAAAAACAAUAAUGGAAUCAAAAGUAUGACUCCAUACUACAAUGCUCACAACCAAUAUAUACUACAACUAAGGUCUUCCAAUAUGUUGAAUGAAGAGUUUACACUUGGAGCAUUACCCUACUUAUUAGAGGAAAUUGAAGAAAUCAACAUCGACACGAGUAAUACAUUGAAUGGUGCUAUAGAGACUCACUCACUGAUCCUGGUCACAAAGGCCCAGGACCAGAGUAGAAGGUUUGAUGGAAUACUGAAGGUUGCCAAGCAGGUCAAUCCAAUGGCAGAUAUCUCAUCAUUUGUGAAUGCAGUGAACCCAGACCUUGAGCAGCUAGAGGUGACACAGCAUGAGUUCAUUCCUGCUGAACAGUCCAGUAACAACCCUGAUAUAAUACUCAGAGAGGAACUUAUUGUGGACAAAUAUACAGAACCUGCAAUUAAGUCAAAGAAGCAGUCUCUCCAGAAAGAAGCUGCAGAGCUGACAUCAUUUCUGAAACAAGCCCAGGAUGUCAUGAUGUCAUUAACUAAUAUAUGUCAACGAAAUUUAGCGAAUCAUCUGUAUGCCAAGGUGUAUGAAACCCAAGAGGAUUUAUGUCGAAAACGCAAUGAAAUCCGCGUGGCCAACUUACAACUUGCAGCUGUCAGGGCUCAG